GCGGUUUCAGAAUCAGCACAAUCUAGGUACAGGUAUCCGCGUAGUUUAGCAUUCUGGGCUCUCUGAACAGGAAAGAUUAGAAAGCAAGUCGGUUAUAACGACGGACAAGGAGAAAGGAGUCUCCAUUUAGAGAAUACUGUAGCGUGCUGAGGCCACGAUGAAUUCUCCUCUAUUCUGCGCGCUGCUUUUGAUGCUGCUGUUAUGCCUAGCCAAAGGACAAACGGCAGAGCCACCCUUUCCCGAUCUACCUGCAUCAUUUGUUACCGACGUGGAAGCCAAUAUUCUGAAUCGAGGCUACACCACUCAGAUAAAGUUUGUCUUCGACUCGGCGAGGGAUCGUGCCCGUAUGGACACUUCGCGUAACGGCACUCGAUACGUAAUAGUGGAUGACAUCAAGAAUGGCGUCCAGUACCGAACGAGCUUAUCGAGUCGGACGUGCCAAGCCAGAAACUACACUCUCCGAGACCGACUGGAGACACUCGGAUCUGACGGACAGCCACAUCUGAUCAGCGUGAAUGAUUUCUUCCGAUUCGGCAAAGCCUAUCAUGAGAAGUACGUCGGUGCUGCGACGGUGCGAGGAAUAGUUUGCGACCAGUACAUGGGAAAUUACACGAACACAACGAACGGUGGGUAUGUGAGCUACGUGAUGCAAUGGUACUUCGCACGACAGACCAACUGGACAAUGCCGGGAGUCGAUGGCAUGACGGCAAUUCCAGUCCGCCUGGAUCUGAUUGGCGUGUCGAACUUCACUUUUGGCCGACCCAGCGGCAACACGACAACCAAUGCCAAUGCCUCACAGGGAACACGGCUCCACAACUUCCACCACUUGUACGAGUUCACGAAUUUACUGCCGAAUGAGCAAGCAGCGGAGCAGUUUCUGACGACCAACUUUAACCCACCUGACGGUAUUUUAUGUACUGGCCUUCCUACCACUGAAGACCUGCCCACCUUGCCCAACCAGUUCUCCUUCACGUCGUAUGCCAUAGCAUUCACUGAUAGUCCAACCACAUUUGCGUCUGGGUAUGCUUAUGAUGCGCUGCGAGGGGAAACCUCCGUGUUUUAUGACGUGGAGAUUGUUGGCAAUGGCACCAACCUGACGGGAACGACCUUCGGUGGCCGGCAUCACCUCGUUCAUAAUUUCCGCCAGGGAACGCAGUACAACAUCACCCACCAGGGCUGUACGAUGCAGUCGCUCGCAAGCCUGGCGAACACGCGAGGAGCGUUUGACAUCUCUGUACUCAACGGCCAUGCAACACUCAACUCUGCCAACAAGCUGUUUCAGUUCUCUGCUGCCUACAACUUCUCCUACCAAGGACACCGAGAUGUUUUCGGCUACCCAACUCAACUCUGGUCCACUUUGCGUACUGAUGUCCCACUGGAUCCGUCACUGCCUGCCAACCAGACCACCCUGUGGGAGUACUACUUCAGCCUGCCCUCGUGGAAGAUGAACACCUUCAACGGACUACUUACAAGCACCAGAAUUCCAAUUGAGAUGCGAGGUUUCAGUUUGGACUCCAAGCUACACAGGCCAUACGUUUCGGUGAUAUCAGGCUUCUCUGUUGGACCACCUUUUGGGUUUGCGUUUGACACGACAAGCUGCUUCAAACCAACUGAGCAGUCAACUGUGAUGUUCUCCCUUAACACUCCGUUCAAUGACUCGUACGCAGUGCAGGGUGCAAUCAGGGAUGCUCUCUCCACUACUCUCGGGCUCCAGACGGAUCGCUUCCAUACCUCGACGUUUCCUGGUGCUGAUAACCUGCUCAACGUGGUGGUUACCAUCAAGGGCUUGCCCAGCGUUGGAGACCCAUCCCUGCUGGCCCAACUUCCCACACUGCAAACAGCCCAGAAGAAGCUACGUAAAGCGAUCAAGGGUGGAACGUUCACGGUAUCGCUUCCAAACGCUGCCGGCACUGUGAAGGCCAAGAGCAGUUCGUACACGUCAUCCAGUGAGUCAGCAUCUGCCCAGUAUUCUCCCGGUGAGAUGGCUGGUCUCGGCAUAGGUAUUCUCAUUCUUGGAUGUAUUAUCGGAGGACUCAUCAUGUUCCUUGUGCAGCGGCACAGGAACAGCAGUGUACCGUAUUCUAUCAGCAAGGAUUAGAAAGUUCGUAGCUGCAUUUUGUUUGGCUGUGAGCACCACCAUUUCUUUGUUACUACCUGUCCACAGUGAGCCGCAAAGCAGCAUAGUGGGAUACCCGCACCACUGAGUAAUGGCCACACAGUCCAUGUGCCCCCCUGGGUGCUCUUUCAAAGACUUGUUAACCGGAUUGUGGAUGCUUGAUCCAAUGAGUGAACUAUCAAUCCUGGAUUACACUUUUUUCUUUUAGACUAUUUUCUUCUUUUUUUCCACUGAGAGUAGGGAUGGCAUAAUUAUGGUCCCUUGUUGAAAAGUCACUUUGAAGCGGGAAUAGAUUCUGAAGAUGUAACUGUACUUCACCUAACUUACAAGUAGGGUAUUGAGCACAGUGGAAGAAGAAAUAUUUAUUUACUACCUACGGAGCCGGCUGCAUCAGGGAAAGACUUUUAUGUGAAUGUGAUUCUGCGUCUGUUGCUGCUGGUGGAUUGGUGUUCUUCGCAAUCGCAAUAUUUUGAUCUCAUUUCUUUCGUUUUUCUUGAAAUGGCUGGUUAGUCCCCACGUCACAGAUUUUGCUUGUCUUGGCUAGCGCUCUGUGGCCUUUUAAAUUGUGAGUAUAACCACGUCAUCAUUUGA